AGAGCAAAUAAACAGAGGCAACCGACUGACGAGGUUGUGAAAUUGACGACGUCACGACGAUUUGCGGCGGGAAGUGGGUUCCGAACAACAAUUAAUUGUAUAUAUAUAUAUGUUUUUUAUAUAUUAAAACACUUUUUGGGGGACACAAAAGGCCACUUUGGAAGUGAUUGACCUACAAUGGCGUCUCGUUCGGUACCGGGUCUGCUGCUGGAAACUCUGAAGGAUCUGGGCAAAUCUGAUCUGAAGGAAUUUCAGUGGCACCUGAUAAAUGGUGGUGUGUUGGAUGACUGCUGCUCUAUCCCAAAGGCCCGAUUGGAGUGUGCUGAAAGGGAGGACACUGUGGAUAGAAUGGUGGAAACUUACAUGGAAAAGGGUGCUGUGAAGAUCACACUGGCGAUUCUGAAGGUGAUGAAACAAAACAAUCUUGCCAAGGAUUUAAAUGAUAAGUACACAGCUCUAGCAGGAGGUCCAGGCCAUGUUGGGGUAGCAGGUGCAGGGAGGGGAUCUUCUGCUGUCCAACCCAUCACAAUCUCAGCUCAGAAUGGGAGCUAUGCCAUUUGUCCCAUAGUGACUGGUAACACUGUUGCUGGAUCAAUCAAUUUCCCUACAGGCCCUGCAGCAUCCCAACUUCCCAGGCCCUGAAAGAAGCAGACCCUUUCCUGGUGUCAGACCUGGAGGGAUAGACCACCUCCUAAUACACUGCCAUAUCCAUAAUUGGCUACUUCAUUCCGUUGGAAGAUAAGACCAAAUAUUUAAUAAAUCAUGCAAAUUGUGAUAGUUUUCUACAUAAAUGUAUUAGAAUAUAUAUUUUUUAAAUAUUACAACAUUAAUUAAAAAAUACAUUCCUAUGA